AUGGAGCUGCUGUUCGGGCGCAGGAAGAGCCCAGAGGAGCUGCUGAGGCAGAACCAGAGAGCUUUGGGCCGAGCCCUGAGGGAACUCGACCGCGAGAGGCAGAAACUCGAGGCUCAGGAGAAGAAGAUCAUUGUGGACAUCAAGAAGAUGGCAAAGCAGGGCCAGAUGAAGUUCAUCACGAUGAGGGCCAACGUGCAGGCAGUGGCACUCAAGAUCCAAACACUUAAGUCCAACAGCUCCAUGGCCCAGGCCAUGAAGGGCGUCACCAAGGCCAUGGCCACCAUGAACAGACAGCUGAAGCUGCCCCAGAUCCAGAAGAUCAUGCAGGAGUUUGAGAAGCAGGCAGAGAUCAUGGACAUGAAGGAGGAGCUGAUGAAUGAUGCCAUCGAUGAUGCCAUGGGGGACGAGGACGAUGAGGAGGAGAG